AUGAAGUUCUCAACAGCUGCCCUUGUCGGCGUGCUCUCCCUCGCUCUUUCCUACUUCCCGUCCUCAGUACAGGCCUGCGAGCGCGAAUGUCAGGUGAAUGUCUCGCACGCCUUCGCUGACAAGUACCAGAUCGUCUCUAGCCAUUACUUCACACUCCUCAACCGCAAAAUCGAGGAAUCCCUCUUCUAUGGUAUCCCAGUCGCCCAGACCCUGUCUCCUGCGGAAUCAACAGCAGCGGUCAAAACCAUCCAAGAUUCCAUCGUCAAGGCCCAGAAUGCUUGGGAUGUCACUAUCUUCCCCACGGUCUUUGACACGAUCUUCAAGGACGAGCCCAAGUUUAAAGGCGACUGCAACCAUCCUCAUCGCGUGAGGCAGCCUCCACUGGGUGUUAAUUGGACCAUGCCCGAUUGCCACAAUAUGGACUACAUCUGCGGCAACCCACCCUCGAUCUGUCAUUUUAUGCCGAUGAUCAAGCACAGGAUCGUGAGGAAGCUGAUUAUGCAGCUGCAGUCCAGGGUCGACGGUGAUGACUCGGAUGUGUAUACGAAUUUCAUUGCGCCAGCGUUGCAGACGCUGUUGACGGGGCAGACGAAAUUGCAGCAGUAUUCGGCCACGUUGCACGGAAAUCUGAACCAAAUUUUGGAGGCUGUCAAAAAUGAACUGGACGAGUUUGCGGACGAGUCGCAGUGGAAGAGAGAGUGGGACAUGGAAAUCAAGAUCUUGCUCUUGACUUUCCCAUAA